GAGCUACUGUGCCUACGUGGUGCAGCGCAACGUGACGUGCACGCUGCAGGACGGGGCCGAGAGCUACGUCAAGGCCGAGUACCACAAGUGCAGCUGGGGACCCAAGUGCCCGGGGAAAGUGCUGUACCGCACGUUCUUCAGACCCAAAUACAAGAUUGGAUACAAGACAGUGACCGAGCUGGCCUGGAGGUGCUGCCCAGGCUUCAUGGGAGAAGGGUGCCACGACAGCCCGACUGACCAACCCGGCCUUCUGCCCCAACAUCCCAGCCCUAAAAUGCCUCCUGGACAAAAGAUGUUUCCAAUUCCCAGACUUCCUCCCUAUCCAAAAAGCCACCCUGACCUGUUUCCAGGACCAAAGAAGAAUCAGUAUGGCAGGAAGAUGCCUGGCCUCUUUGGGGACCGCCUGGAUCGGCUGGAGGAGGAGGUGAGGCGCCUUUCACAGUCCUACGACAGCCUGCACAGCAUGGUGAGCGGCCUGGGGGACCGCCUGCGGCUGGCCAUCCAAGAGGACACCACCAAGAUGAUCGGCUCCCUGAUGAACAGCCCAGGCACGCCUGACUCGACGGUGGGCUUCGGCAUCAUUCCUGAUGGUCUGGUGGAUGUGGCGGACAAAGCCGACAUCGCCACGUACCCUCCUGUGGGGGAGAUCCUGACCAAAGUGACAGAAGUGAGCGACGUGCUGAAAACCAAGGCAGAUUUGCUGCACGAGGUUCGUGGCAUGGUCCUGGACCACGACGGGCAGAUCAAGCAUCUUCUGGAGUCAGCCCGGCCCUCGCCCCUCACCUCCAUCGACCUGCUGGAGGAGUACGUGGACACGCGGCUGAGCAACCUGCGCGGAGAGCUGCUCGACGGCUUCGAGAAGAAGCUGGGGAAGAUCCAGACCAUGUGCGAUUUCCGGAUCCAAGAGGUGCGGCAGCAGUGUGAGGAGGAGAAAGCUGCCAACCUGCGGCUGCAGCAGACACUGGACGGGAAGGAGCUAGAGAUCAAGAAAGAGAUCUCCCAGCUGGAGACCCAGAUCCAAGGGCUGACGGUGGUGGAAAGCUGCUGCAGCAACCUGGACUACCUCACUGAUCGCAUGAACAUCCUCGAGAAAGGCCUUCACAGCAUCUCUGAGUCCCAGAAGAACUUGCACUCACGGCUGGAUGGAGAAAUCUCCACUGUCACCCUAGGGAAUCUGUUUGAAGGGCGAUUUGAGGACCUGGAAGCAAGACUCAAUGCUACAGAGAGAGAAACAGGGAGCUGCUGCUCCAGUAUAGAGGACAGCAUGAGAGGCACGGUGGUAGCAGAGGUGGAUGGCAUGAGGACUGCCUUUGAAGAUAAAAUGCAGACCCUGGAGGACAGGUUCAUGACCAUUGUGGGGGAGCUGAACAAUGUCAGUUCUCCCGUGGGCAUGGAUGGAGCGGUGGUGCCCAUGCUGGAGGGGGAGCUUGCUAGCAUGAGGAAACGGACGGACAAGACAUUGGAGGGGUUGCAGAAUCGCCUCAUCACGCUGGAGAGCACUUGUUCCCUGGGGUGCACCUCUGCCUCCAAAGACGUGGAGACCUUCCGGACAGAGAUCGAAGACUGCCAGAACAAGAACCAGGACCUGCUCCUCCGGAUGGACAGCAACUACGACCUCCUGCGCAAGCUGAAUGCCACCAUCCUGGAGAUUCAGCGGCGAAUUGAGGAGGAAGCAUCGGGGGCUUUGCAAGGGGAGAUCACUUUGCUAAAGAUCAACCUGAACACUGUGAGCAAGUCUCUGACGGGGCUCAAGGACUCUGUCUCCCAGUACUCGGACACCAUGACACAUGUCAACAACUCGCUGGAUGAGCACGAGCGGAAGAUUGAGGAUGAGGUCCACUCCAUCCAGGAGAAAGUCAAUGACCAGGGCUCCCAGCUGUUUUUCAGCAACCGGCGUGUCCUGAACCUCAAGGGAGACUUGGAGCGACUCAAAGCCAGGAUCGUCAGCGACCUGAGCUCCUGCAAGAGCGUGGCUCACGACCUGCAGCAGGAAAUCGCUCACUUUGAUGACCGGGUGGCCCGGGUGGAGAGUGUCUGUGGCAGGUUGGGGGCUGUCACAGGAAGCCUGGACGGUAUCAGGGACGAACUGGAGAAACACACGGGCAGUCUGUGGGACUACAUGGACCACAUGAACGGGACCCUGGCUGCCCACUCUCAGGAAAUAACGGGACUGAAGGACAACCUGCUUGACUGCCAAGCCAAGGUCUCCGAGCUGGCGGAGCAGGUCGGACACUUGGAAGAGCAGGCAGAGGGGAAGCAGCAUUAG